AUGGAAGAAGAUUACAUUAAAAACAUCCGUCAGAUGCUCAUGAGCUGUGUGUCUAUUUCUGGAGUCACUGAGAGGACAUGGACAGAGGACAACAUGAAUACUCUGGAUCAGUUUAUUGUGGACACUUCAAUUGGAGCUGUAGUGGUCUAUAUGCACAGAUCAAACGGGCUGAAGGUGGACUUCAGAACCCCGCCACCGGGGGAGGUGAUUGAGGGGCAAUUCUACAUCAGCCGAACGCCAGGAGCCGUAAUCACAGAGGAAAACUUUGAUUUGGUGGUACAGUUUGACACGGUGAGGGACGACCCCCUCCGGGUGCUGCUGCAGGACAUGACCUGCUUGCAUUCCAUUCCAGUUGCCUACAGCAGCUACAAAAAGAAGGUUAAGGAUGAAUAUAGCAGGGACAUGCAUUACUUCAUCACUUGCCUUACUGAUGACUUGUAUAAGAAGGUAGGAAGAACAGUUCUGUACAUUCCAGUGGAAGGCUUACUGUGCUCUGCUGAGGAAGCCAGCAAGGACAAGAAGCUGGUGAACAGAAUGGAGAUUAUGAUAAUCCACUGGACAGAUCAGAUCAAAGAGUUACUGAACAUCCAAGAAACCGUGGACAAGAGAGAACACUGUGGCCCGCUGCAGGAGAUCGAGUUCUGGAAGAAUCUCUCCACCAAGCUGUUGGAGAUCAGCAGUCAGCUGCAGAAGCCAGGAGUCAAACACAUCCAGAAGAUUGUGUAUCUGGCGAAGUCCUUAUACCUACAGCGCUUUCAAGAACUUUCUGCAGAAAUACAGGAAUGCUCGAUGCAGGCGGAGUCAAACCUGACCUUCCUGUCCAUCCUUAAGAAGCCCUGUGAAGAGCUUUCCAAUCUCAAGCCAAAACAAAUUGCUUCAAAGCUGCGACACAUCGUGGUCCUCAUUCGAAUCAUCUGGGUCAACUCACCCUCCUACAACAGCAAUGAGAGAAUCACUGGGCUCUUCUGCCAGAUGAGUAAUGAGAUCAUCCGUCUGUGCAGUGAAAACAUCUCUCUGGACGAUAUCUUCGAGGGCCAGUUGACAUCCAGCAAGCGAGUCCUCGACGACUGCAUCCAGUGUUGCACGUCCUGGAAGGACACUUACAUGCAUGUCUCAAAGCUUCAUCACAAGCAUUCUCACAAAGGCUGGGUUCUGGACAAAACAAAGUUUUUCGUGGGGAUUGAUGCCUUCAUUUUGAGGCUCAGCAACCUGCUUGAGGUCUGUGACUGCCAGUACCAGUUUGCCCGUUGGGACGACGGCCGGAAAAGAGAUAUGCCCUGCUUCAGAGGCAGCACCGGACCAGAGCUGACCCGCAACCUGCUGAAGAUAGAGACCAGCUUCCACCAAGGACUGCAGAACCUGCGCGCAUUUGACAAGGGGAUCCUUGAUGUCCAACAUCCCACGUGGAGUAAGGAGUUCAGCAGGUUUUGUACAUUUGUAAAGGAUCUGGAAAUGAUGACCCAGGAGUUGAUGAAUUCAGCUUUCCGGACCGUGAACACAGUUCAGGAAGGAGUCAGGCUUCUGGACAUUUUCAGUCCGAUGUCCACACGCAAGGCCAUACGGCGCACAAUGGAGGAGAAGUCAGAGGAAGUGUACAGCAUCUUCAGCAAAGAACUUAAAUUGGUGAAGGAGGCAGUGGACCAAAAGGGUCGCUGUUAUCCUGAUCACAUGCCACAAGUUGUGGGGCAGGUCAUGUGGGCCAAAGCUCUCCAGCAGCGCCUAGAAAAACCCAUGGAGAUCCUUCAGAAGUGCUCCUUUAUGCCGGAAUCUUCCAACCGCAAGCAGAUCAUUUUUACCUAUGUGCAGGUGAACCAGAUCCUGGCUGAGAUUGUGAGGAAAAACUUCUUUGACUGGACUCAGAACUUGGAUGGACAGUACCUGAAGAAACUGCAGCAGACUCUCUUGGUGCGCCUCAAGGGCGCUCGCUCCAGGCUGGAAAUCAAUUUCGACAACAACCUGUUGAGGCUGUUUUCUGAGAUCCAGUACUGGGACCGAAUGAAGUUUGAGAUCCCACAGAUUGUAUCUGACAUGUACCAGAGCAGGGAAGAGAUCCGGCUCCUCCGGGAGAGAGUGCUGCUGCUCAUCAGGAACUACAACAGGAUUGUUGGAAUGCUCUCUCGUGAAGAGCUGGGUCUAUUCCGGGAGCGGAUCCGUUUCCUUGACAAGAAGGUGGAGCCCGGCAUGACCAAGUUGCUUUGGUUGUCCCAAGGAGCUUCGAACCACUUCAUCAACGAUUCCCUUCUCCACAUUGACAAGGUCCAGUCUGUCAUUGAUGGUUACAAAGUUUCCAAUCUGUCCAUCUCCAACCUCUGUAGGCAGAUCAGUGAAACUUUGCUGGUUAAAAUAGAUGGGAAGACAGUGUACAGAAACCUGGAAUUUGAGGAUGACCAGAAUGCUCACCAGCAGAGUCGUCUCCAAGUGCUGCGCUCGGUACACCAGGAAAUUGUUGCUAUCAUGACUCAGAUUCACACCAUCUUUGCCGGGGAUGGAGCUGAGGUCCAGGAACAUUGGGAAACAUAUUCAGAGAAGGUGGACCGGAUAGUGGAAGAGGCAUUCCGGUUUAACAUCAGGGACUCCAUGAAGAAACUAAGCAGAGCCAUCACCGGGGAUAGCAAGACAUCUCCCAGUCCGCUGUUCAAAGUGCUAGUACUUCUGCGGCAGGCGACUCCUCAAAGCGUGCCAAAGCUGGAGUUCUCGCCGACUCUACAGAAACUUGGAGAGAUUGUGAACAUUUUGCCUCAGUUGAUCAAAAUCAUCUCUGAAUUUAAGCGUCUCCCUGAGCUUCUCUCCAACAAAGGGUCUCUGGCUGUCCCCAUAUACAUCAGCAUAGAGCGAGACGAUCGGAUUAUUAAGACUCAGGCUGCAAUUACAGCGGGCAUGUCAGCCAAUGCCAGGCAACUGGAGGCCUAUUUGAAGAGCUGGGGCAAAUACAGGCCCAUCUGGGAAAAUAUCAAAGACUACAUUAUACAACGUUACAGGACAGCCAACACUUCAGUAUCGACUUUUGAUGCAGAUAUACAAAGAUACACUGAGAACGCCAGCAGUAUUCAACAGGAAGAGACUGUCGUCACCAUACAGUUUGUGAUGCUGGACUGUUCGCCACUCAAGUCCACCCUGGUGCAACAUUGCAAUGAAUGGCAGAAAAAGUUAACACAGCUUCUCAGCGAGAUAGCAAGCACUCAUCUAGAAGAACUUUAUAACUCAAUGAAAAGCAAUGCCCAGAGGUUGAUGAAACCACCGCAGACGCUUGAGGAGCUUAGUGAUAGCCUGACUCUUUUAGCGAAUCUCAAUAGUGAUUUGGCCAACACAGAAGCUCAGAUUCCUCUCAUCCAUGAACGAUUUGCCAUCCUCGACAAGUAUGAAGUCGAAGUGGUGCGCCGUGUUCAGGUCAUGCGAGAAAAUCUGAAUGACAAGUGGAUUUGGUUUCAGCAGGUGUUGAUUAACAGUGACGCCACUCUGUCGAAAGACAAAGAAAAGUUCAAAACCGGCCUCAUCCGCUCCUUUGAGGAUUUCAAGAAGAAGAUCGACGUUGUAUUGCAGGAGUUCAACAUCAAAGGUCCUUUUCAGAGCAUUUUAAGCUUUGAAACGGCCAUGAAACAAAUAGAAGAACAUCGUACCCAACUGGAGGCUCUAAAGCAGGAGCAAAACACCAUUAUCAGUGGGCUGGCAUUCUUCAGAAUCGAACAACCUCCCUGUAAAUUUAUCAUGGCAAUGGAAAAGGACAUGGAUCAGCUCCAGGAGGUGUGGGAAAUCUCUCAGGAAUGGGAUGAAAACUGGAAAAACUGGAAGGUUCUUCACCUGUCACAGCUGCAGACGCGGACCAUGGAGGAAACAGCGCUGGAGAUGUACAAGAGAGUUCGCGCCCUUCAGAGAGAUCUCAAGGGUAAAGAUUGGGAGAUAGUUACUUCCUCCAGGGUGAAGCUUGAAAAGUUCAAGCACAUCAUCCCCCUCAUUACUGAUCUGAGGAAUCCAGCCUUGAGAGACAGACACUGGACACAGAUCUGUGAGGAUCUAGAGCGCACAUUUGACCACACCAGCCCUGACUUCACCCUGGAGAAGAUCAUUUCUCUGAACCUGGAUCAUUACGCUUCGGUCAUUUCGGAGAUCUCUGGAGCUGCCAGUAAGGAGCUCUCCAUAGAACAGGGUCUGAUGAAUGUCAGGAAGACAUGGGAUGAAGUAUACCUGGACAUCGUGCCGUACAAAGAGGAGGGCCACUACAAGCUGCGAGGGAGUGAAGACGUCUUCCAGAUGCUGGACGAUAACCAGGUCAUUUUGUCCACAAUGAAGGCAUCCCGCUUCGUUAAAGCCUUCGAGCGAGAGGUGGACCAAUGGGAACACCAGCUCACCCACAUAAUGGACGUCAUCGAUAUGAUCCUCUCUGUGCAGCGAAACUGGAUUUACUUGGAAAACAUUUUCCAAGGAAAGGACAUUAGGGAGCAGCUUCCUAAUGAGUGCACCGAGUUUGCGGGCAUCAGUCGCAACUGGAAGAUCAUAAUGGAACGACUCCACGAGAAUCCGAACGCCCUGCAGGGAACACAUUAUCCCGGCUUGCUACAGACUCUGAAUGACAUGAGCUUCAAGCUGGAAGACAUCCUGAGGGCCCUGGACAUGUAUCUGGAGACCAAGAGGCAGAUCUUCCCAAGGUUUUAUUUUCUGUCUAACGACGACGUGCUGGAGAUCCUGGGCCAGUCUCAGAACCCCGAAGCCAUGCAGCCUCACAUGAAGAAGUGCUUUGACAACAUCAAGAGCCUACGACUCGAGAAGACAAAUAAAUCUGUAAGAGCUGAUGGGAUGUUUUCAGCUGAUGGCGAGUUCAUUUUGUUCAACAAACCCCAGCAGCUGGACAAACCAGUGGAGAUUUGGCUUUGUGAUGUUGAGAGGCUCAUGCAGAAUACUCUGAAGGCGCAUCUGAACGACUGCCUUAUUGAUAUGAAAAAGAUAACAGGAACAAGAGAGAAAUGGGUCAAAGACUGGCCAGGACAGAUUGUAAUUACAGCGAGCCAGAUCAAGUGGACGAGUGAGGUCACCAGAGCUCUCAACGUCAGCAAGGAGAGAGCAAACAAAUCCUCCCUAAAGUCACUGAAGAAGAAACAGGUCUCUAUGCUGCAAAGCUACUCAGAGAUGAUACGUGAGGAACUCCCAAAAAUCCUGCGUCUGAAGGUGGUAGCGCUCGUCACGGUGGAGGUUCACGCUCGGGAUGUUAUCGAUAAGUUGGCCAAGACUGGCUGCAGUGACGUCAACGCGUUCGAGUGGCUCUGCCAGUUGCGACUGUACUGGGAAAAGGACAAGGACAAGGCUGAUUUGAUUGAAUGCAUCAUCCGACAGACCAACACACAGUUUAAAUACUGCUAUGAGUACCUUGGAAACUCUGGACGGCUGGUCAUCACUCCACUCACUGACAGGUGUUACAUGACUCUGACCACGGCUCUCCAUCUCCACCGGGGCGGCUCUCCGAAAGGCCCAGCCGGCACAGGGAAGACAGAGACUGUUAAGGACUUGGGCAAAUCCCUGGGAAUGUACGUCAUUGUCGUGAACUGCUCUGAAGGACUGGAUUACAAAUCAAUGGGUCGCAUGUUCUCCGGCCUGGCUCAGACCGGUGCGUGGGGAUGCUUCGAUGAGUUCAACCGCAUCAACAUUGAGGUGCUGUCAGUGGUCGCCCAGCAGAUUCUUUCCAUCCUGUCUGCCCUCACAGCUGAGAAGUCUAAGUUCCUGUUUGAAGGGCAUACGAUCCGUCUGGUUCCAACGUGUGGCAUCUUCAUCACCAUGAAUCCCGGGUAUGCUGGUCGCACUGAGCUUCCUGACAACCUGAAGUCCAUGUUCAGACCUAUCUCCAUGGUGGUGCCGGACUCAACUCUGAUCGCUGAAAUCCUGCUGUUUGGAGAAGGUUUCGACAACUGUAAGCUCCUGGCUAAGAAGGUAUUCACACUCUACUACCUGGCAGUGCAGCAGCUCUCCAAACAGGAUCAUUAUGAUUUUGGUCUCCGCGCUCUCACCUCUUUGCUUCGCUUCGCUGGGAAGAAACGGCGUCAAUCCCCCAACAUUGCAGAUGAAGAAAUUCUUCUGAUGGCCAUGAAGGACAUGAAUAUUGCUAAACUGACCUCUGCAGAUCUUCCACUGUUUAAUGGCAUCGUCCAGGACUUGUUCCCUGCUGUGGAGACACCUGUUAUAGAAUAUGACACGUUGAAGGUAGCUAUCGAGACGGAGUUACGGCGGGUUGGUCUGCAGGUCACUCCUUUUACAGUGACUAAAGUCAUCCAACUUUACGAGACCAAAAACUCCCGGCACUCCACCAUGCUGGUUGGCAAGACGGGCAGCGCCAAGACUAUCACCUGGAAAAUCCUGCAGCAGUCCCUCACAGCUCUGAACCAGAAAGGAGAACCCGACUUUGAGAUAGUUCAUAUCUAUCCCCUGAAUCCAAAGUCGAUGAGUCUCGGGGAGCUGUACGGAGAAACUGACCUUUCUACUAACGAGUGGUCCGACGGAGUGCUGUCGUCCCUCAUGAGAACAGCCUGUGCAGAGGAGACGCCUGAUGAGAAGUGGAUCCUGUUCGAUGGGCCUGUGGACACCCUGUGGAUUGAGAGUAUGAACUCUGUCAUGGAUGACAACAAGGUGCUCACUCUCAUAAACGGAGAGAGAAUCUCAAUGCCUGAGCAGGUGUCUCUUCUGUUUGAAGUGGAGAACCUGGCAAUGGCCUCUCCAGCUACUGUGUCCCGCUGUGGAAUGGUCUACAACGACUACGUUGAUCUUGGAUGGAAGCCAUUCGUCCAGUCCUGGCUGGAAAAGCAUGACACAGCUGAAAUGGAGCAUUUGAAAAAUUCCUUCAAUAAAUUUUUGGAGGUCACUUUGAAUUUUAAGAAGGCCAACUGCAAAGAGUUGAUCCCCGUAACUGAGCUCAACGGCGUCACGUCUCUCUGCCGGCUCUACGACUCUCUGGCCACACCCAGCAAUGGGGUGAAUCCUUCAGAUACGGAGAACCUGGACAGAGUGGUGGAGCUCUGGUUCACCUUCAGCCUCAUCUGGUCCAUCUGCGCCUCUGUAGACGAGGACGGACGGAAGAAAGUGGACAACUUCAUACGAUCCAUAGACAUCACCUUCCCUGUCAAGGACACAAUUUAUGAGUUCUAUGUGGAUCCAAAAAGUAGAUCCUGGAUACCUUUUGAAGAGCAGCUUCCGAAGGGCUGGCGCUAUGAUCCUUCUGCUCCAUUCUAUAAGAUUAUAGUACCUACCGUGGACACAGUUCGCUAUAACUUACUGGUCCAGGCUCUGGUGUUGAAGCAGCACCCGGUGCUGCUCACUGGACCGGUUGGCACUGGAAAAACCUCUGUGGCCCAGAACGUCCUGCAGGGCUUAAGCAAAAGGUGGACUGCUCUCACUAUCAACAUGUCUGCCCAGAUAUCCUCCAACAACAUCCAGGCCAUCAUAGAGAGCCGAACAGAGAAGAGAACCAAAGGCAUGUAUUUCCCGAUAGGCGGGAAGCAGAUGCUGUGUUUUCUGGACGACCUCAACAUGCCGGCCCACGACACGUUUGGCUCCCAGCCGCCGCUGGAGCUGCUGCGCUUUUGGAUUGGCUACGGCUUCUGGUACGACCGCCAAAAGCAGACACCAAAGUAUGUCAAGGACAUGUUCUUGCUGGCAUCCAUGGGACCUCCUGGUGGAGGAAGGACUCAGAUCUCUGCUCGAUUUCAAAGUAGUUUCAACCUCAUCAAUAUGACUUUUCCAAGUGAGUCCCAGAUAAAGAGCAUCUUCAGCACCAUGCUCAACCAGAAGCUACAAGUCUUUAGGGAGGAGGUGAAGCCUAUUGGAGACUCUGUGACUCAGGCCACUUUGGAAUUGUACAACUCUGUCACAGCAUCCUUUCUUCCCACUCCAGCCAAGAUACACUACCUCUUCAACCUCAGAGAUAUCUCAAAGGUUUUUCAGGGUUUGCUUAGGGCUCACCCGGAGUACCAAGAUACUCAUAAUGACAUCAUCAGACUGUGGAUCCACGAGUGCUUCAGGGUGUUCUCGGAUCGACUCGUAAACCAAACUGACGCAAAUACAUUCAUAACUCUCCUGGAGGAAAAACUGGCCUCCCUCUUCAAUCUCACUUUCCACGGCAUCUGUCCGACCAAACAUUCACCAGUAUUUGGUGAUUUUAUGGGUAGCGCUGGUGGAUAUGAAGACAUUGUGGAUAUGAAGAAUCUGAAGAAGUUCAUGGAAAACCAGCUUUCUGAUUACAACCAGACACCUGGAGUUGUUCACAUGGACCUGGUGCUCUUCAGAGACGCCAUCGAACACAUAACCCGUGUUGUACGUGUGAUCAGCCAGAUGAGAGGCAACAUGCUUCUUAUUGGUAUUGGGGGCUCCGGUAGACAGAGUCUCUCUAAGCUGGCUGCCUUCAUCUGUGAAUAUGAAGUGUUCCAGGUGGAAGUGACCAAACAAUACCGCAAGCAAGAGUUCAGAGAGGACAUCAAGAAGCUCUACCGGUUAGCUGGGGUGGACAACAAGCCUACAGUGUUUCUCUUCAAUGACACGCAGAUUGUCGAUGAAUCCUUCCUGGAGGACAUCAACAACAUCCUGAGCUCUGGAGAGGUUCCCAACCUCUACAAGUCAGAUGAGUUUGUAGAGGUGUGUAACGCCCUGUCAGAGUCUGCCAAGAAAGACAACGUGGUGGAGACUCCUGAUUCACUGUUCAGCUAUUUGAUCGAGCGAGUCAGGAACAACCUGCAUAUAGUUCUCUGCAUGAGCCCAGUGGGAGAACCCUUCAGAAACCGCAUCCUGCAGUUCCCAGCGAUAGUAAACUGCACCACCAUUGACUGGUUUUCUGAGUGGCCCAAAGACGCCCUGCUGGAGGUGGCUGAGAGGUACCUGGAUGGACUGGAUCUGGGCUCUGCUGAGGGGAUCCACAGGAAGGUCGCCAGUAUAUUUGUGACCACUCACCAGUCCGUGGAAAACGUCUCCCAGAUGAUGAAGGUGGAUCUGAAGAGAUAUAAUUAUGUAACACCUACCAACUACUUGGAGCUAGUGUCUGGAUAUAAAAAACUGUUGGGGGAGAAGCGCAGUGAGUUGGGGGAGCAGGUGAGCAAACUGCGAAACGGCCUUUUCAAAAUCAACGACACCCGGGAGAAAGUAGAGGCCAUGACUGUGGAGCUGGAGGAGGCCAGGGAGGAGUUGGUGGAGUUCCAGAGGCAGUGUGACCAGUACCUAGCUGUCAUUUUGAAGCAAAAGAGUGAGGCUGAUGAACAGCAGAAGAUGGUGAGUGAGAAAAGCGAGAGGAUUCGAGCAGAGGAGCUACAGUGUAAAGCCAUGGCUCAAAAUGCACAAAGGGAGCUGGACAAAGCCAUGCCUGCUCUCGAAGAGGCCCUGAAGGCCCUGGAAUCUCUAAACAAGAAGGACAUGACAGAGAUCAAGUCUUACGGCCGUCCUCCAGUGCUGGUGGAGACCGUCAUGCAAGCUGUCAUGACCCUUCUUGGCAAAGAGCCGACCUGGGCUGAAGCCAAGAGACAGCUUGGCGAGCCCAACUUCAUCAAAACAUUGAUCAACUAUGACAAGGAUAACAUAACGGACCGUGUUCUGAAGAGGAUCGGCCAAUACUGCAGGCAGGUGGACUUCCAGCCAGAGAUCAUUGGGAAAGUGUCACUGGCUGCCAAGUCCCUCUGCAUGUGGGUCCGAGCCAUGGAGGUGUACGGACGAAUAUACCGGGAGGUUGAACCAAAGCGGGCGUUGCUGAACACUGCAAUGGCCGCUUUAGCAGAAAAAGAAGCUGCUCUGGACGAUGCUAUGAGAAAACUACAAGAGGUGGCGGAUAAGCUGAAUGCACUGCAAAAGCAACAUGCCGAGAAGCUGGCUAUGAAGGAGAGUUUGAGAGUCAAAUCUCAGGAGAUGGAGUUGAAACUGGACCGAGCCGACAAACUGGUGACAGGACUGGCUGGGGAAAGGGUCCGCUGGCAUGAGAGAGUGACUGGUCUUGAGAGAAACAUGGCAUUCCUUGUUGGAGACUGCCUGCUCGCUUCGUCCUUCUUGUCCUACAUGGGGCCCUUCCUGUCCAAUUACAGAGACUCGCUGCUCGGCAUCUGGAUGAAAGAGGUUCUGGCUUCAGAGAUCCACUGCACCCCAGGAUUCAGUUUUGCUGUAUUUCUGUCCAAACCAACAGUGGUGAGAAACUGGAAUAUUCAGGGUCUGCCAUCUGACGCGUUCUCCACUGAGAACGGAAUUAUCAUCACCCGCGGGAACAGAUGGCCACUGAUAGUCGACCCUCAAGGCCAGGCUAUGAAGUGGAUCAAAAAUAUGGAAAUGGAAGCGGGUCUAAAACAAGUAGACCUUCAAACGCCAGACUACCUUCGGGUUCUGGAAACUGCCAUCCAGUUUGGGUAUCCUGUCUUGCUACAGAAUGUCCAGGAGGAUCUGGAUCCGUCCCUCAACCCUAUUCUCAACAAGUCUCUGACUCGCAUAGGUGGCAAUCUGCUGAUGAAGCUGGGUGACAAGGAGAUUGAAUACAACCCAGACUUCAGGUUCUACAUCACCACCAAGUUGUCCAACCCCCACUACUCCCCAGAGAUUUCUUCAAAGACCACAAUAGUGAACUUUGCUGUCAAGGAGCAGGGUCUGGAGGCUCAGUUGCUAGGGAUUGUGGUACGUAAAGAGCGUCCAGAACUGGAGCAGCAAAAGGAUUCACUUGUUAUCAGCAUUGCUGCUGGCAAAAAAAGUCUGCAGGACCUGGAGGAUGAGAUCCUCAGGCUCCUGAACGAAGCCAGCGGCUCUCUGCUGGACGAUGUCCAGCUGGUAAACACCCUGCAGGCCUCCAAGGUGACGUCCAGCCAAGUUACAGAGCAGCUGGAGACCAGCGAGCAGACCGAGCAGAAGAUCGACUCAGCCAGAGAGGCCUACCGACCAUGUGCUCAGCGAGCCUCCAUUCUCUUCUUCAUCUUAAACGACAUGAGCCUCAUCGACCCCAUGUACCAGUUUUCUCUGGACGCCUACAUCAACCUGUUCAUGCUCAGCAUAGCGAAGAGCAAGCAGGCAUACAGCUUAAGGGUCGAGGAACGAAUCAACAACCUCAAUGACUACCACACAUACUCCGUGUACCGGUACACCUGUCGGGGUCUCUUUGAGGCUCACAAACUUCUCUUGAGCUUCCAGAUGUGCGUCAAAAUCUUGGAAGUGGCUGGGAAACUGAACAUGGAUGAGUACAACAUCUUCCUCCGAGGCAUCGUCGCUAUUGAUAAGGACGAUCGGAUGGAUAAUCCAUUUACCAGCUGGCUGCCAGACUCCAGCUGGGACGGCAUCGCAGAGCUGGAUAAGCUGCCCAAGUUUCAUGGCAUCGUGGCCUAUUUUGAACACUACCCACGAGACUGGAACCUCUGGUUUACCCACCCUGAGCCAGAGAGCGCGCCGCUACCAGGUGAUUUGGAUCACAACUACAAUGAGCUCAAGAAGAUGGUAAUAGUGCGUUUCCUACGCCAAGACCGAGUGUCUUUCUGCAUCACCUCCUUCAUCAUCAAAAAUCUGGGCCCGCGCUUUGUGGAGCCUCCUGUUCUCGACAUGAAGGCUGUGGUGGAGGAGUCCACCAGCUGCAGUCCUCUGAUCUUUGUGCUGUCUCCUGGAGUGGACCCCACAGGAUCGCUGCUGCAACUGGCUAAGGCCUCGGGGAUGAGCCACCAAUUCAGCGCUCUGUCUCUGGGCCAGGGGCAGGCGCCCAUCGCCAGGAGGCUCAUAGAGGAAGGAGUGAAGAACGGUCACUGGGUCUUCCUUGCCAACUGUCACUUGUCUCUUUCCUGGAUGCCGGAGUUGGACAAACUAAUAAAGGAGCUGCCGGUUCAGAACCCAGAGCCCAACUUCAGGCUGUGGCUCAGCUCUUCACCGCACCCAGAUUUUCCCAUCACGAUUCUGCAGGCUGGUAUCAAGAUGACCACCGAGCCGCCAAAGGGCGUGAAAGCCAACAUGAAGCGUCUGUACCAGCUGAUGACUGAAGCUCAGUUCAACCGCUGCACGAAAGGCAGGCUGUACAAGAAGCUGCUCUACGCCCUCUGCUUUUUCCACAGCAUCCUGUUGGAAAGGAAGAAGUUCCGACAAAUGGGCUGGAACAUCAUCUACGGCUUCAAUGAUUCUGACUUUGAGGUGAGCGAGAAUUUGCUCUGUUUAUACCUGGAUAAAUAUGAGGAGAUUCCUUGGGAUGCGCUCAAGUACCUCAUCGCUGGUGUCAACUAUGGCGGCCACGUCACAGACGAGUGGGACCGUCGACUCCUAACCACAUACAUCAACGACUACUUCUGCGAGGGAGCUAUAAAUCAGACCUUCUUCAAGCUAUCAAGCUUACCCACCUACUAUAUUCCUCGCGAGGGUCCGCUGUCGUCGUUCCAGGAACAUAUCAACACGCUGCCGGCCACGGAGCACCCAGAGGUGUUUGGUGAGCACCCCAACGCCGACAUCGCCAGCCAGAUCGCGGAGACCCGCACGUUGUUCGAGACGCUGCUCUCCUUGCAGCCUCAGCACACAGGGACCGCGGCGACAGGGGCCGGGGCCAGACCCAGUCGAGAGGACACGGUUCUGGAGCUGCUGGGAGAGGUUCGUACUAAGAUCCCAACUCUGAUUGACUGCGAGGGGACCAGGACCGUCCUCCAGGACAACCCCACACCCCUUAAUGUGGUCUUACUACAAGAGAUCCAGAGAUACAACUCUCUGCUGGAAGACAUCAUCUUCUCCCUGGUGGAGCUGGAGAAGGGAAUAAAAGGCUUCGUGGUGAUGACACCAAGCAUGGAGGAGACCUUCAACAGUAUCUACGACGCCCGCGUGCCCCCUGUGUGGGAGAAGGCGUAUCCGUCUCUGAAGCCUCUUGCAGCGUGGACGCGCGACCUCUCCCAGCGAGUGGACCAGUUUGCACGCUGGGCAGAGAAGGUCCAGCCCCCCGUCCUGUUCUGGCUGUCCGGCUUCACCUUUCCCAACGGCUUCCUCACCGCCGUGCUGCAAUUCACCGCCCGGCAACACAACAUCUCAGUGGACACGCUGUCCUGGGAGUUUAUAGUGUCCACUGUGGAUGACAGCAACCUGCUUACCCCGCCUGAGGAUGGAGUUUAUGUGAAAGGCUUGUACCUGGAGGGGGCAGGUUGGGACAGGAAGAACUCGUGUCUGGUGGAAGCUGAGCCCAUGAAGAUGGUCUGCCCAAUUCCCACCAUCUACUUUAAACCAGUGGAAAACCGCAAGAAGAUGUCCAAGAGUAUGUACCUGUGUCCGUGUUAUUACUUCCCAGUGCGCGCUGGGAAAGACGGCCGGCCGGCGUUUGUGGUCGCCAUUGAACUCAAAUCCGGAGCUGUGUCUCCAGACCACUGGGUCAAGAGAGGGACUGCUCUCCUCUUGAGUCUGGACAACUGAAUGCUCACACAUUUCUAAUAUUUCCUUUCUUAUUUUAGAUUUUGUUUACCAAAUGUUUAUAGUUUCUGAAUCAUAAAGUAGAAAGGCGCAAUGCGCACCAUUGAUGGAAGUCGUUCUUUGAUGUUUGUGCUUUGGUUUCGUUAGUUCUCUUCCCUCUCUGUUCGUCUUCCAUCUGUCUUUACAAGCGUAUUUAUUCCACUGAAGAGAGAACAUGCCUGGGGAAGUAACACUCACUGUUUCACUGGAAUCACCUUUGAAACAUCUGGACCAAGUCACUGAUUCGGUCAGAAAAUGUCUGACUGUGUGCGCUUAUUGAUUUUAAGCACCCUGAAACACUUUGAACUUCAAUAAACCUCAAAACAUGUCGACUACGA